AUGAAGGUCAUGGAGCGCCUUGUCCUGGCUCACCUGAAGCGCAUCACUGAUCCUGUGCUGGACCCGUUGCAGUUUGCGUACAGAGCCAAUAGAUCCACAGAGGACACUGUGAACAUGGCUCUGCACUUCAUCUUAAACCAUCUGGACACUGCCGGCAACUAUGCCAGGAUCCUGUUCGUCGACUUCAGUUCAGCCUUCAACACCAUCCUACCAUCCAUCCUGGAGCACCAGCUGUCCCUGCUGCAAGUGCCUGCCUCCACCUGCAAGUGGAUUACAGACUUUGUGACCAACAGGUCUCAGCGGGUGAAGCUGGGGAAAAGCAUUUCCAGCUCCAGGUCCACCAGCACCGGUUCCCCGCAGGGCUGUGUCCUGUCCCCGCUACUGUUCUCCCUGUACACCAACACCUGUGUCUCUCUCCACCCGUCGGUCAAGCUCCUCAAGUUUGCCGAUGACACUACCUUGGUGGGCCUCAUCUCCAAAGGGGACGAGUCGGCCUACAGGAGGGAGAUCGAGCGGCUGUGCAGUUGGUGCAGUAGAAACAACCUGGACCUUAAUCCCCAAAAGACAGUGGAGAUGGUGGUGAAUUUCCACAAGAACACAGCCCCUCCCCCUCCCAUCACGCUGGGAGGCACCCUGGUAAACUCUGUGUAG